AUGUCAGCACAAGAAUCUGCAGAUCAAGAACAACCCGCAACAACAGCUGGGGUCGAACUUUUCUCAAGCCAAGAACCUCAUAUACAAGACCACGCAAUGGAAGCUCCUGACUCUCCGCCUGAUCUUUACUCUGCCCACAACCAUUCUAACACACCAGCUACCACACCUUCCAAGAGCGCUACUCAGGAAAAGGUUAACCAUGGUGCGCCUGGUAGUUCGUGGAAUUCAAAGAAGUUUCAGGAGGAAUAUGAUAGGGCAUGUGAGGGAUUAGUUGACAAGAACUGGGAUGGCAAAACCAGAUAUGGUGACCCGCUGUUGCAGAAAUGAGGAGACUUUAAUAACUGGGUGACGGGCUACAGCACGGAUGAAUUAUUAUGAUAGCAUUAUUGCGAAGCAGUUGAGACAGAAGAUAUGAUAAAAUGCAUAAUGGCUUGGGAGUUGGG